AUGGGUGAGGCCCCGGGCCGCCUGCUGCCCACCCUGGCCCACCCCUGCCUCAUCCCCAGGGGCUGGCGCUGCUCGGGCCCCCACCCCCUCACCUCCUGCUUGCAGAGCCCCGCGGCGGUGCUGACAGCCCCGUGCCCUCCGCCCAGGAUCUCCGUCUGCGAUGAGGACAAAUUCCGAAGCCCAACCACAGCAAGACCUUCAGCAUCUGCCUGGGGAAGCAGCUGCCGAUACCUGAAGCCAGAUGUGGACACGAAAUCCAAACAUAAGACAGUGGUAAAGAAGAAAACACUGAACCCCGAGUUCAACGAGGAGUUCUGUUACGAGAUCAAGCAUGGGGACCUGGCCAAGAAGACACUGGAGGUCACCGUUUGGGACUAUGACAUUGGAAAAUCCAACGAUUUCAUUGGCGGCCUGGUUCUGGGCAUCAGCGCCAAGGGCAAGCGUCUGAAGCACUGGUUCGACUGCCUGGAGAACAGGGACAAGCGCAUCGAGCGCUGGCACACGCUGACCAACGCACUGCGGGGGGCCGUGCUCAGCGACUGACCGGCCCCGCCCGCCACCGCACCCGCCCCUGCCUGCCACCCGGGCCCAGCGUGGGCCUGGACCUGGGCUUCCCCAGCUGCCAGCGAGGGCCACGGCCCCCACGUUGGGGGAGCCCCAGGAGCCUGCUCGGACACAGAGCCACUGCAGCCUGGCUAGGAGGCCGUGGAGGGCCUGCCCUCCGAGGGACAGGGACACGCAGAGAGCUGGACCUGCUCUCCGUCCCCGGGUGCUUUCCAGCACCCAGCCAGGGGGAGGGGUGGGCCACCCAGGGGGGCUGGGACCCUUCCAGAGGUCAGCAGUCAGUCACAGGGGAGGGCCUGGCUGAGAGAACAGGAGGACAAGGGUGCCUUGGAGGGUCAGUGAGCAUGGGUUGGGGGAGGACAGGACUCAGGAGAAGGUUUAUUCCCAGAUCUAGCCAAAAGGAGGUCAUGACCACCUCCAGCUGAUCUUUGGCAUUCCUGGGUGGGUGGGAAAAAGUCCUGAGAGCCAGGAGUCUGGGAAAGUUCCAGGAGGCUCCCAAAGAACGUGAGCAAACUAGAAGCACUUCACUUAUUCUGCAAACACCUAGGGGUGAGUGAGACACAGGGCCUGUCCCCAGGCAAUUGGAAACAACCUAUUACAUUAGGGAUGAGAAAUGCCAAGAGCAGCCUGGCCAGCCUGCAAGUGCUGUAGGCACUGUUGACUCUGCUGGGAAGGCAGGGAAGGCUUCCUGGAGGAGGUGAUGUGUCUACAAGGUCUUGAAACAUGAGUAGGGGCUUCCAGGAAGACAGAGGAGAAGAACAGGCCAGGCCUUGGGGAUGGUCUGUAAAGGCUUGGAGGGGAGAGAAGGUGACUGGGCCAGGGGAACUGUGCAGACCCAGGGGGAAAGGCUUUGUUAGGACAGGAAAGGGGUCCAGGUCAGUGACGACCGACCAGCCCUGCCACCCACCCCUGGCUGCCAGGCCAGUCCUGACUCAUGGUGGGCCAUGGGGGAAGUGAUGGGAGCAUCUCAGAGAAAGUGAUGUUGGAGCAGCCUCAAGUUCAGUCUGCAGACCCUCCUUUGCUCUUUCUCUCCUGAGGGGCCUCAAGAAUGGACCCUGCCCCCCAUUCCUCUGGCAGAAGUGUCAGGUCAGCUGCAAUAGAGGAGAGGGUCCCUUAUGCAUGACACAAGCAAAAAUUCCUCAUCCUCACCCUCCUCUCUGCCUCCCCUUCCCCUUUAUCUCCCCUCGUCAAAACUUGCCUGGGCCCUUCUUGUUCAGGGCUGGGUACUGGGGGGCCCCACUCCGUUACCUGUGGCAUCUGGCCCUGCUUGACCACCGACGUCCCUCUCGGGAGUACUCAGUGGCACUUCAGGGUCCUCUUUCUGGGAAGUCCUGUGGGGCUGAGAGAGAGGGGCACCCUGCCCGGUGGGCCUGUCUGCACCCCCAAGUCAGGGUCACCAGGCAAGGGGUGAGGGCAUGUGGAUCUUAGGCCUCAGGCCUGGAGCCCCGAAACCCUUUCCUGCCUACCAAGGGGCCUUCAGGAACACAUGCAGAGCCAAGUAAUUUCAGAGCUGCAGAGCUCUGUGUUCACCCCCUCACUGCACUGAUGGGGAAACCGAGGCCCAGAGAGGGAAGGUGUCCUAGCACAGGGGGGGGGGCAGGAUCUAGGGCCCUGCCCCACCCCCAGCCAUGAGCUCUGGACACUACACUCUGGCGGAGUGGGUGGGGGGCACUGGGCUCACCCGAGGCUCCCAGGAGCCUCUUGCCUGGGGCUCGCCCCUGCCAGCUGCCCGCCCAUGCCAACACCAGUAGCAGGGCUCACAGGGGCCUGAAGAUUGGACCCUUUGCUGCAGACACAAAGCACCUCACCUUCUGAGGCCCGGGGUGAUGCUUCAAAUCCCAUUAAGUGCCCAUCAGCCCUUUCCCACCUUGCAGGGAAAACAGGACUCCAGCCCCCACACAGGACCUGGCCACCCUUGUUGCUCAUAAAGCCUCAGUUUCCCCAUCUUUAAGAAAGCUAUGCAUUAUGUUAAGGGUUUCACAUGCAUUGGCUUAACGAAUCUUCACAACCCUCUGAGGUGGGUUUCUUGUGCCCCUUUCACAGAUGAGGAAACUGAGGUUCAGAAAGGCUGAGCAGUGUGCCAAGGUCACACAGCUGGGAAAGGGCGAACAAGGUGUCAAUCCCCGGUUGGUCCUCUGCCACAUCCUGAUUGGGGACCAGGACUCCCCUGUCCUCCUGCUCCUGGGCUGUUGGGGCUCAGCAGAGAUAACUCAGGUGAAGGCUCAGUAAGCUCUGCUGCCUGGGGGGGGGACACGGGGCCUUGUCACUGUUCUGCCUCCCAUACCUGGCUUUGAAACCAUCAGUGCCACUUAGGGCUCCCCAGGGGUGCCUGCAGCCUUGCCGCCUAGAGUGGGAGGUGGCCUAUUGUUGAGCACCCCCUGGCCGGGGUGUGCUGGGUGUCUAAUUUUGGGGGGCUCAUUCAGAGAGGAGCUGUGACACCCUCUCUGAAGAGGUGGGGAUGCUGAAUGGCAACGCUAGAAGGGGCCACCAGCCCCAGCUAGUCUGACUUCCUUACUGGACAUGUGGAGAAACUGAGGCCCUGCGGGUGGAAGGGGCCACAGCUGGGACAAGAAUCCAGGACUCCCGGCACCCAGGCCAGGGCCUUCCACUGCCCUGGGCUGUGCAAAGGUGCACCGUCCUGAAAGAUGGUGGAAGCGGGUCACAGGGGCAGCAGGGCAGGGAGGUGGGGCUCUGGCUAGUGAGCCCAGGUGGAGGGUGGGGUACCUGGGCAGGACGGCCCCCAGGGAUGGCCCUAGCACCAUUCUAGGCCCCUUUUAUCUCUGUUAAAGAAAAAAGUUCGCUCUUUGAGCAGCUGCAGAAUCGGCUCCGCCUCUGACCCCAAACUAGCAUCUUAGUGGCUCAUCAGAACCACAAAGACGGGAAAUCUGAUGUCCCAAAACACGUUCCCUCCAAUGUCAGGUGUCGGCUCUCCACUCGCGCGCCGGCCUUCGCCCCGCCCACCGCCACCAGUAGCCAAUCCCCGACGGGCCCGUCUUCCAACCCUGGAGCGGUGACCUCCUGACCUCUAGUGGCCGGAGCGAGGAAUUGCACCUCCCGAGCUGUGCAUGCCCUGCCCUUUGUCCCUUCUGGAACCGCGUGAACCUCCCGAUGCGUGGACUCUGGCUGUGGUCCACGCAGACUCGUGCACUGCUUAACACCGUUUUUGCUACCACGUGACGGCUGCAGAAACCGUCCUCAAAUUGCAGCCCCUGGAGGUGUCCUUUUUAAGUCUUAUUUGUUAAUAUUUAUAAUUACAUAUAAUCCAAAGUAAAUGGAAAUGUCAAUGCGAUCAUAUUGGCUUGCGAGCCUCUCGUUUAAUAGAUUUGGAUGGGUAGCUGGAAAGAACAGGGAAAGACCAGGGGGGUUUAUUCCACACAGCCUCUCAUUUGCUCUUCACCAGGAACCGGUUAGAGGUAGUUUCCCAUGGUGCAGAUGGGGAAACUGAGGCUCCAAGAGGUUAAAAUAUUUGUGCCGAAUCACUUAACCAGGAUUCACACUCAGGCCGGCUGGCCUCCCGGGACCAUGGGCCGUUCCCACAGCCACGCACCCAUGACGGCCGUGGAGAAGGAGCACUGAUGCCAGGCACUGAUCUGGGCACCAGGGAUGGACUUGGCAAACAGAACAAAGACUGCCCUGACAGAGCUUAUACUGUAGUGA